AUGAGCAGAUUGAGUAUCUACGAACAAAAACCACCGAAUUGGCGGCUGCCAAUCUCCUCUACGUCAUUAGAAUAUCCAGAUUACCAGCCACCAAUUCCAGGCAAGGAUGAGGAUAUCAUCAACCAGAGUACCGUGCGGAAUGGCUACACAGCGCCCCCAGCGGUACAGAACGAAACGUUUAGCUGCCACCAGCUAAUUAUAGACAGCCUACAAACCAAUAACGUUGCUCAAAAUCUAAAUUUCAUCUUCAAAUCAGCAUUGGACAUUCGACACACCCGAAAUCACCCGCAAUCAAACUAUAUUAGAGAUGGCGGUGGUGCGGAUGCUCAUAUAUACUUCCAGCAGCUCGCAUCUCCCGAAAUCCCGCUUCAAUCUCUCCUUAAACUCCCCAGGAACCUAAAGCCAGAAUCUAUCCUAAAUCACCUGGAACAGCACCACGUGGAUCCACAGAGAUCCGUUUGGCUGGUCAAGCUAGCUAGCAGACAAUCCUCCAACUACACGCAGCUAUCGAUGGAAUGGUCCAAUCUCCUCACUCAGCGCCUAUCUAGUAAGCUUGUUGAGCUUCCGAUUCCUGAGAGUACAAGCACUCCAAACGGCUCAUCCACCACGAAUCACUUGAACAGCCAUUCCUGGCUUUCUCAGUUUUCUUUCUUACUCGACAUUCUACGCGCUUUCAUCGCUAAUGGCUUAUUAGAUAGUCUCACUCUCCAUCAGUGGCUGUUAAACCACCUCAAGCACAUCCAUCUCGCUAGACUCCCUCUGAUUGCUACACUCGCGCUGGAGAACAUUGAAGCUUUCUACUCGUCGCAUCAACUCAGUAAUGUUUUAGUGGCAGCUGCAUGUCGCCGUAUCAUCGAGCUCAGGGUGGCUCAUGCCAAUGAGCACUUGACUUGUCUUGCUCGCUCACUCGAGCGUAUUAUCGUUCUCACAUUUGAUCGCUUUUCGUAUUCAUUCAUAUCCCCAAAACUCUGGCUGGAAUUUUCACCCCUGUUUCAGUCCCUGCUCCACACGCAUUCUAUUUACCCGGAAAUCAAGCUGCGCAAUAACAGACUACUUUACGGUAACAAAGAUAAGGCACACACAUACACACACUACUGCCCUCGUCAAUCCCUCAUGCGCGAUAUCAACGUCCUUGAUUCAAUUAACACCCAUACCAACAUACGUGCCUUGGCGUUGGACUUUUUCGAGCCUAGCAAUCACAGCAACGCACGCUCUUUUACAGAUAAAGUAAAUACUUUGCUCGAAUGGGCUGUCAGCGACUACCGCAGCAGCCAGCACAGAUGCUACGCUGUUGCUACUCUCCUGCGUUUCUACGUCUCUCUUCAACUCAAACUCAACCAAAAACCUUGCUCAAAAGACGCUAUUAAACACGAAAUACAGCAUCUCGUUUUUGUUUGGCUAGAAGGGGAGUCUAGGGGGCGCAGAGAGUGUGAUAUCCAUAAGCUUCUCAGCGAGCUUGUUAGGAGACGCGUUUUCAACUACAGUCUGUACAUGCAGCAUAUUAUAGCAUCCGGACUGAUGGCCAACCCGAAAAAGAAGGCCAUUCACUCAAACGUACUUCUCAACAUGCCUCUCUUCGAUGCUUCGAUAUCUGUUGUCAAUCUCCGCCGUAUGGCCAUGGAUUGCGAUGUCAACGCUAGUUGCGAGAAAUCAAUGGAAAAUCUUACGCGCAAUUUUCGCGCACUCUUACCCAGGCUGUAUAAGAAGACGGAGAGUAUCCCUGCAAUCACCACACUCGAUUUGGAGAAUACAUUCAGCCCAUACAAGAAAUUACCGCUCUUCUACCAGUACCGCGCUAUACACAGCAACCUACUCCCAUCAGUUGCAGCCUUUACCGAUGCUAAAACGGGCGAAUCGAGGUUAGGUGUGGAAGAGCUCGCUACUAUCAUCAGCAUACUAGAGUACUUUGAAGACUACGCAUCGGUCCACGCACUGAUAGAGGGUUUGCUACCGACGAUAAAUAACCGUCAGGUAUUGUUCUUGCUGAUGGACGCAAUCCGCCGCAGCUGGACGGUGCUGGUUAGUAUGAACGCGAUGGCGGCGCUGACAGUGAAGUUCAUAGCCAAGUAUGACAUGGUCCACUCAAGUGGGGGGCAAGUACGACCGCUGGUACUUCUGCUCGUGACAGCGCGAGAGCACAUGCAGCUACCUGCGCACCUCGAGCGACCAGUGCAGGAAGCCGUCUCCUCGCUGGAAAAGUCCCUCACGACGACCGUGUCGUCAUCCGCCCCCCCGCGAAGCAUUGCGGAUGUGCAGAUGCUGCUACAUGACAACAGUGCGGCAAACGCAGCAGACCUGGCGACGACGCUGUGGUACCGUCACUCGGCACAUACCCAAUGGGGUGCGUCGGUGUGGGAGGGAGUUCUCGAUGCGCUGCGCGUCGGCCACGCUCGCGACAUCGCUAUUACUAAGCACCACCUCACUUGCUUCGCGGUGUUCCUACACGAAGUCAACAACCGCGCUGCGGGCGGGCUCGAGCGGUACAUUACGGCGAGUCUCGCUGCUCAUCCACAGACUCUGCUUGGGGGGGAGCUGGAGCUGAGCGAUGCAGUAAAAAGCAUAGUCGUUCAGAUGGUCGUGCGAAGGGUCGUCCAAACUACCGCUUUUAUCGAGGACGUCUAUCUGCCCCUGAUGUCGCGCGGGGUGGGCGCAAAGGUGGUGGUCUGUCUUAACAAUAUACUGCUGGCGGUGCUGGCGCCUGAGACGCAGCCGCCCAUGGUGCUCAGCGAUUAUCAACACCUCGUCACUCGCAGAGGGAAGGCUUACAGACAGCCGCACCUCGCCAGACUCGCUCAAGUCCUGCCCACCCUCGUCGCACUCGAAGUGGGCGGGAGCGGGAACGGGAAUGAGUGCGCCGAUGGAAAUCCCCCCCAUCUCUCAGAAUCUGCCAAAAACAGCUGCAGGGCUCUCCGCGAGGCGCUGUCCGCUCAGAAGGUCUUCGCGGCCGCGUGCAUGCGCAACAUGGACAGCGUGUACGACGCCCUCAUGUCGCGUGCAACCGUACACACGCAGCAGCUGUCCAUCGACACACUCAAGGCACUCACCUCGUUCGGACCUGCAGACACGACCGACUGCGAUAUCGCCGCGCUCACCUCGGAGGCGAACCCAUGGACGUUCUGUCGGCACAAGAUUGCCCUCCGGAUCGUCCUUAAUUACGGCAGCCACGCGCAGACGUGUCGCGCUGUCAUGUCCGACCUGCUACCCAAGAUGCAGGCCAACGGACUGGUGAAGGAUAUGCUGAGAGGCAUUAAUGGCCGCGCGGGCACUGAGCUCGCCAACAUGAGCUUCGACAAGAUCUUGAGGCUCCUGCUCUCUCUCAAGAACGCUAUCGACGCUAAUUGGCUGGCGGAUGAGUCGCGUGUCGCCGCUGAAAUAUACGCCACUGUCGAGUCUAUAUCUGACGUUCUCCUCUUUCAUAAAGCCGUCUUACCGGCUUUCGAUAAGGACAUAUACACCAAUACAGUCACCAAUCUGACGAGCUGUUUCCACGCAAUCUUUGCUCCGCGCGAGGAAGCACUGGAGAACGGCGAGGUUGUCGAAGACAGCGGGAGUGGGAGUAAUAGUGAUAACGACGGGCAGUCGCUCGAGGUGUUGUGCAAGUUGCUGCAGUUGCUGCUGCGCACGCCCGACGCGUCGACCGACCUGAAUAGUCCUUAUCUCGGACUCGGCGAUGCAGUGCUCCCGUACCUUCUGCGCCGUCUCACCGCGGUGCACGACGAGACGACGUACGACACCGCAGUAGCCAUUCUCGACGCUCUGCCAGAAACGCCACGGAAGGCAUUCGAUGCGGUGGACACUGCGAAUGCUUCUCUCUCGUCGGAGGUCAUACGACUGCUCCCCCCACCCCAGACGCCCUCCGCCGCCAGCCAAACAAGCCACACGUGGGAGCUGCUCGACCAGAUUCCCGAGUCUGAGGGCGGUGAUAGGCGCGUGCAGUUCAACGCCCCCCAACUGCAUAAGUGGCUCGACGCCCGCCUCGUUAACGAUCACCUCCUUCACGCUAACAAGCACAUACCGCUUGAGUACGAGAGGAACGUGCCUGGAGAUGGCCUGGAGGCGGGCCCUGUGCUUGCGUAUCAGUUCAGGAGGUCCUUGCGCACCGUGGAUCAGAUUAUGGGCAUGAACUCAGUGGCCGAUGUUGGGGAUGAGGGUAGUGUUGAUGCCGAUGGCGAUCUCGCCUUUCAUUCUAACCUAAAAAAACGUAAGGCUGACGGAGAAGAGGGGGGACUGAGUAAUGGCAGCGUUGACAGCCUCGGUAGCUUCGCGCAGGCUAUCAUCCACCCUGCACAGCCUCUCGCCACCACAACCACGCAAGCACGAAGAACAUCACAUAGACGUCGCAUCACAAGGUCUCUCCUCACCGAGACGAAGCCUGUGCAGAAUUACAACGCUUUCGUCGGAAACCUCGUCAGCCUCAAGGUAACGUCCGGCGUGCACGCGAAGCGGCUCGAUGCACUUUGUGCGAGUGUGCAAUCCGUCGCCGAUAAAAUCGAAUUCACCAGCUCAGCCAGCGGAUUCCUCAUCGUGAAGGGGAAAUGCGAUUGCAGGGCUAAGGAUAUCGGAAAGCUCGUUUACGAUAAAUUGGAUAGGCUGGUUCUCGACGACAUCACUAACGCGUCUGGGUGGUUGCUCGUUCUGCUCGUUUCGCUCGCUCAAGAUCCCUCAACUGGAUUACCUGCCUUCUCUAACGAUGCCUUCCCGCUCGCUGAAUCAGCUGCUCCAAUUGUCUUUGUCUUCUCUGUUUUCUCUGUCUCUUCCUCUCUCCCUUUUUGUCUACUGCCUGAGCACCCUUCUCAAUUGGUGUUAUACCCGGCUUCUCCGGGCUGCGCGCGUCCAAUACCUCAAUGCAACCGCGUGACGCAACAAACACAAUCGUAG